AUGGAUUGCCCUGUCCUCAUACUGGACGGCGGCCUCGGCACGUCCCUCGAGCAAAAGUACAGCUGCAAAUUUGACCACCGCACGCCGCUCUGGUCCUCGGACCUGCUCGUCUCGGACCCGGCGCUCCUCGAGCGGUGCCAGGCCGAUUUUGGCCGCGUGCCCGUCGACGUGCUCCUCACCGCAACGUACCAAGUCUCCGUCGCAGGCUUCGCGCGCACCCGCACCCGCACCAGCAGCCCAGCCCACCCCGACGGCAUCCCGCGCGCGCGCAUCCCGCACUACAUUCGCGAGGCGGUGCGCAUCGCCCACCGCGCCGCCACGGAAGGACGCAUCGCGCUCAGCGUGGGCCCGUACGGCGCGUGCAUGACGCCGAGUCAAGAGUACAGCGGCGCGUACGACGACGCGCACAGCAGCGAAGAGGCGCUGUACGCAUGGCACCGCGACCGUCUGGCGCUCUUUGCGGCAGCGGUGGAGGGCUGCGACGAGGCCGCCCGCCGCAUCGGGUUCGUGGCGCUGGAGACGGUGCCCCGCGUCGACGAGAUUGUCGCGAUGCGUCGCGCGCUGGCGGCGGCGGCGGCGGCCGCCGCCGCCGCUGCUACUUCUUCCGGACCGCUCGCCGCCGUGCCGUGCUGGGUGUCGUGCCUGUUUCCCGGCGACGACGAGUGUCUGCCCGACGGCAGCAGCGUCGAGGCAGCGGUGCGCGCGAUGCUGGAUCCGACGCCCGCGCCGCCGGCGUGGGGGGUGGGCAUCAACUGCACAAAGGUGCACAAGCUCGACGCGCUGCUGCGGAAAUACGAAGCGGCGGUGGAAAAGCUGAGGAGGGAAGAAGAAGGAAUGGCGACAGAGGCGUGGCCGGCGCUGGUGCUGUACCCAGAUGGGACAAACGGCGAGGUGUACAAUACUGUGACGCAGACGUGGGAGUCCAAGGAAGAAGCGGGCGCAGCGGAGAGGGGCCCGUGGGCAAAGCAGCUGGCAGAGGUGGUGAGGGCGACGAGGAGACGAGGCCGCUGGAGGCAGAUUGUUGUUGGGGGGUGCUGUAUGGCGGGCGCGGAGGACAUUGCGGCCUUGAGGGCCGAGCUCUUAUAA